UGGGAACGGAGUUACUCGAAAACCAUUUGUAUUUAUUUAUUUAUUUAUUUAUUUAUUUAUUAUUCAUCAUGGGACGCUACCUUCUAACCUUAUCACUCCUACAAGUCUUCAUAUGCCAGAUCCUCUCUUCUGGAGUCUUUGAACUCAAGUUACAAGAGUUUUUGAACAAGAAGGGGGUGCAAGGAAAUAGGAACUGUUGUAAACCGGGUUUAACACAAUCGUACCAGACGCAGUGUGAAUGCAAAACCUUUUUUCGAAUUUGUCUAAAACAUUAUCAACCGAACGCAUCUCCGGAGCCCCCUUGUACCUACGGUGGUGCUGUUACACCCAUCCUUGGUUCAAACUCUUUCAAAGUUCCCGACACGCUACCGGAUGGCUCCUUCACCAAUCCCAUUAGGAUGAAUUUCGGUUUUACUUGGCCGGGGACAUUUUCUCUUAUCGUUGAAGCUGUGCACGCCGAUUCCAAAGAAGAUCUUACUACCGAAAAUCCUGAGCGAAUCAUCAGUACCAUGGCUACUCAGAGACACUUGACUGUGGGAGACGACUGGUCCCAGGACCUUCAUUCCGGCGGAAGGACUGAGUUGAGAUACUCUUACCGCUUUGUUUGUGAUGAGCACUACUACGGUGACGGCUGUUCAGUAUUCUGUCGCCCCAGAGAUGAUGCUUUUGGACACUUCACCUGUGGGGAACGAGGCGAGAUCAUUUGUGAUGCUGGAUGGAAAGGACAAUACUGUACUGAACCAAUCUGCCUCCCAGGAUGUGAUGAAGAUCAUGGAUUUUGUGAGAAACCUGGUGAAUGCAAAUGCAGAGUUGGGUUUGAGGGUCGGUACUGUGACGAGUGCAUCCGUUACCCAGGAUGCCUGCACGGGACCUGUCAGCAGCCGUGGCAAUGCAACUGCCAAGAGGGCUGGGGUGGCCUCUUCUGCAAUCAAGAUCUCAACUACUGCACACAUCACAAGCCCUGCAUGAAUGGAGCCACUUGUAGCAACACUGGCCAGGGCAGCUACACCUGCUCCUGUCGGCCCGGCUACACAGGAGCCAGCUGUGAGAUCGAGGUGAACGAAUGCGCUGGGAACCCCUGCAGGAAUGGCGGCAGCUGCACUGAUAUGGAGAACACGUACAGCUGUGCCUGCCCACCAGGUUACUAUGGCAAGAACUGUGAGUUGAGUGCCAUGACCUGCGCUGAUGGACCCUGUUUCAACGGAGGCCGCUGCGCUGACAACCCAGAUGGUGGCUACUACUGCCAGUGUCCCACGGGCUACGCUGGCUUCAACUGUGAGAAGAAAAUUGACCACUGCACCUCCGCCCCGUGCUCCAAUGGUGCGCGGUGCGUUGACCUGGUGAACUCCUACCUGUGCCAGUGUCCAGAGGGGUUCACGGGCAUGAACUGCGACCGCAGCAGUGACGAGUGCGCUGCGUACCCGUGCCAAAACGGUGGCACGUGCCAAGAGGGUCCCGAGGGCUACAGCUGCGUGUGCCCGCCGGGCUACACGGGCCGCAACUGCACCUCGCCCAUCAGCCGCUGCCAGCACAGCCCCUGCCACAACGGCGCCACCUGCCACGAGCGCAACAACCGCUACGUGUGCGCCUGCGUGCCCGGCUACGGAGGCCGCAACUGCCAGUUCCUCCUGCCGGACCACGCGGCUCAGAUGGCCGGACACAUCCCCUGGACCGCCGUGGCCUCGGGCAUCCUGCUGGUGGUGCUGCUGCUGGCCGGCUGCGCGCUGGUGGUGGGCUGCAUCCGCUCCAAGGUGCAGCAGCGGCGCGAGCGCGAGGUGGACAUGGUCCAGGGCGAGACGGAGACCAUCAACAACUUGUCCAACAACUGCCAGCGCGACAAGGACCUGUCGGUCAGCGUGCUGGUGGGCACCACGCCGGUCAAGAACACCAACAAAAAAGCGGACUACCACAGCGAGCUGGACGAGGCGGCGCCGGAGAAGAGCGGCUACAAGACGCGCCACGCGCAGGUGGACUACAACCUGGUGCACGAGGUCAAGUACGAGGCCAAGCACGAGGUCAAGCUGGAGUACACGGGGAAGGAGGCGGCGGCGGCAGCAGCGGCGAGCUGUGAGGACAUGUGCCAAUCACUCGAAUCCUUAGACUCGGGCAGCGAAUACGACGAGAAGCGCAGCAAACGCUUGAAAAGUGAUGCAUCAGAAUGUUCAGAAAGGCAGAAUUACCAAGGGGUGGUGCCGGGGGGUUUCGACAAUAAAUACAAAUCUGUAUUGGUCAUGUCGGAGGAGAAAGAUGAAUGUGUAAUUGCAACAGAGGUGUAAGAGACCUGCAGGUCUACACGGUUCCUGUUUAGCCUGUGGGGAAUGUGUUGACUCCCUGUCAGAAAGUGCUGCUCUAACCUUAGGUGGAGGUGUCCCGCCUUGUGACUGCUGCUCAAAUAGAGACUUUUAACUGAUAUUCAGAGUGAGCUGGUUCUCUUCCUGAAAUGAAUGGAGGCAGUGGGGCGGCCUGUGGGACAGAAAGCUGUCGGGGGCCAAAGUUAUGUACCCUUUAAAAUAAUUUACCUGUAAAGUUGUUUAAAGGUGUUGGGCAAUAUG